AGUCAAAAUUAUCAGCCUAUCUUGAAUUUUAUAAGCAAAAGUUAACCAUAAAAUCUGCUGUCGUUGAACUACUACUCGCUAUAUGAGCGACCAUAUUAUAACGUGAAUAACAUUUGAUUCUUCACUUGGUUUGCCACCAUUGCACACAGCCUUUAAGAAUCAAUUGUUUCCCUGACCCAUUACUCCACCAGAAUCCGAUUUCUCAUCGCCGAUGGAGGAAGCUAAAGUUGUUGGCAUUAAAGAUGGAACUAUGGCUGCAUUCACUGCUCAUCAAGAAGUUAUCGAAGCUAAAGAUGGAGAUAUUGCUGUUCCUACUGCAUUUGCUGGUCAUCAAGAAGUUGUUGAAGCCAAAGACGGAACUAUCUCAGUGGCAUCUGCAUUUGCUGGUCAUCAAGAAGCUGUUCAGGAUAGAGAUCACAAAUUUUUGACAAAAGCAGUUGAAGAGGCGUACAAAGGCGUAGAUAGUGGAGAUGGAGGUCCUUUUGGUGCUGUUGUAGUACACAAUGACGAAGUGGUCGUAGGGUGUCAUAACAUAGUCCUCAAGCACACGGACCCCACUGCGCAUGCAGAGGUUACAGCAAUAAGAGAGGCUUGUAAGAAGCUCAACAGGAUUGAGCUCUCAGACUGUGAGAUAUAUGCAUCAUGUGAGCCAUGUCCCAUGUGUUUUGGCGCGAUCCAUCUCUCUAGAAUCAAGAGAUUGGUGUACGGAGCCAAAGCUGAAGCUGCCAUUGCCAUCGGGUUUGAUGACUUCAUAGCAGAUGCAUUGAGAGGAACUGGGUUUUACCAAAAGGCUAAUCUUGAAAUCAAAAGAGCGGAUGGGAACGAGGCGAUGAUUGCAGAGCAGGUAUUUGAGAAAACAAAGGAGAAAUUCAGACUCUACUGAAAAGAAUAUUUGUUGAUGAAAUUAUUCCCAAACACUUGCUCACUCUAUUAACUCAACAAAUGCCCUGUUGUGACUCUUUUAUUCCCUAACACUUUGCUGAUGCAUUCAACGCUUAAGAUAAUGAUUUGUCAGUAUAUAUUCUCUGUAUGAUUAUGACCUUCUUCACUUCACAAUUCACAGGCUGACAAAAAUUGUAAAAUGCAUAUUAUGAAAUGGAUAGUUCUAGCACAACUCCCCCCUUUUAUUGAUUUUUGUAAAAGAAAUACAAUAAUGGUUUUACAUUUAGUCCACAUUGAUUCAAACUCGUGAUUUAUUGGA